UAUAAAACCUUCCAACGCAAUCUAAGAGAGAUAAUCUAAGAGAGAUUUGGUGGUGCGAAGGAUUUGGUAGGUCGGGGAGGAAGAUCUAGAUGAACUGAGGAGGACCCGCCUCCUAUUUCAUAGUUCAUCUACAUCUUCCUCUCCUCCAAAUUCUCCUCCUGCCGCCUGUUCUUUAGUUUCCCAUCCUCCAUGAGACUAUUCUUGUUGAUUAGAUCUCGCUCGACCUCAAGAUUGAAUCUUUAGUUAUGCGUGAUGGCUCCCAGAAGGAAAUUGGCAAGCGCGACAGGGCCGAUGGAGAUGUCGAUUUUGGACUUGCCGGAGUUGGCCUUGGAGUGCAUUCUUGAGAAGCUGCCGCCGGCCGGGCUGUGCCGCAUGGCCGCCGUUUGUAGCUCCCUCAGGGAGAUUUGCACCAGCGAUUACCUCUGGGAGAAGCACAUGAGGCAGAAAUGGGGGAGACUGAUCGGCCCUGCGGCACAAAGAGGGUGGAAGCUCCAUUUGGCUUCGGCCAUGGAUUCUUCUCCUGUAAUGGCCACCAACAAGAAGAAGAAGGAGAAGAAGAAGAGCAAGAAGAAGUUGAUCGGGAUGCUCUCAUGCUUCUUGCCUGCUUGCUGCCUCAAGACCAAGAUUGAGAAGCCUAACAAGUCUUCUUCGCCCGACGACUCCAUCAUGUCCUUGUAUCGGGCGCUCGAGCACGGUGAAUUCUGGUUCCCUGCUCAGGUUUACAACCGCGAGCAUGGGCAUUUGGGAUUUAUGCUCUCAUGUUAUGAUGCUGAAGUUAGCUAUGAUUGCCGCACCGACACUUUUCUGGCAAGAUAUCCACCACAUGGAAGAAGAACUGUAGUCAUAGAAGAAGGAGUUGAGUGGGAUAGGUUAAGGCCGCCUCCUAUGGACGCUCCUCCUUAUGAUCUUCAUAUAUCCAAUUGUUUGAACGAUUUGCAACCAGGCGACCAUAUUGAGAUCCAAUGGAGAAGGAACAAAGAGUUUCCUUAUGGAUGGUGGUAUGGAGGAAUAGGUCACUUGGAAUCUUGUGAUGGAAAUCGACAUUUCUGUUGUUGUCAUCUUAGUGAUACUGUUGUCGUGCAGUUCAACCAGUACACACCUGGGUCUAGGUGGAGUCGGGCAAUCCUUAACCGGAAGGAUCAUAGGGAAAAGGGCAGCGACACGGGUGGAUUCUAUGGAGGAAUCCGGAAAUUGAAAAGCAAGGAUGAGGUCUCCAAGUGGAGGCAGCUUUGGCCAUCGGGCGUUAUGAACUGAAGUCAAAUACUCAAUAAUCAUUCAAGCCACAAUGGCGAACAAUCAACCCUACAUUAUUCUUCGUCCACAUUACUCGUUGGUCGGCAACUUGUCUCGUGCCAAAAUCAACACUGCACUUCCUAUUGAUUUUGUGGUUGAAGUGAGGGUGAUAGGAACUAAGGACUAAUAGAAUUGAUGAGAUACAGUGCAUAUUGUAACGAUUUGAAUUUUAAGGGUCACACGGUUGAUAUUGGAUGUAAUUAAAAAGACUAGAUAACAAUGAAAGUUACAUGUUUGGAUCCA